AGCUUUACGAUAGGAAUAUAAUUUUUCAUCGUCAGCAGCACGAAGCUUAUCUCUUUUUCACCCAUUUCUAUGCCGCACACGAAUUUCCCUUCUUUUGUUAUGAUUCGCUUCAAAGAAUUGUUUUUUUAAGAAAACCCAAUUGCCUUUCUUCCUCUUUUUUUUUACAAGUUGGUGGAAUAUGGUUUUGUGGAAUUGAUAGUUAAAUUUUGAUUCUCAUAACAGGCCUUGAAAAGAUUAGAGUGGGGAAAAUGGAUUCAUUCCAUAGAGGGCCAAAUUAUUCUUGAGGUUGAUUGGAAAUGAAUGCAUUCUGGGUUCUUUUUUCGCUCUUUCUCCUUUGUGGAGAGUUUCAUAGGGGGGAUGCAAGAAAUGUUUCCUCAAGGCCGGCUGUUGUAAACAUUGGGGCAAUAUUUCAAUAUGACUCUGCUAUUGGAAGAGUAGCUAAGACUGCCAUCCAGGAAGCUGUUGAUGAUAUCAACUCCAAUUCCAGCAUUCUUCAUGGGACUAAACUCUCUGUAACAAUGCAUGAUUCCAAUGGCAGUGGGUUUUUUGGCAUGGUUGAAGCUUUGCGAUUUAUGGAGACUGAUGUCAUCGCCAUUAUAGGUCCACAAAGUUCUGUUGUUGCCCAUGUAAUGUCCUAUGUUGCAAAUGAACUCCAAGUCCCUUUACUGUCAUUUGCAGCUACAGAUCCCACUCUUACUUCCCUUCAGUUCCCCUUUUUUGUUAGGACAACACAGAGUGAUUUGUACCAAAUGACUGCAGUGUCUGAGAUUGUCAACCAUUAUGGCUGGAAGGAUGUAAUUGCCAUCUUUGUUGAUGAUGAUUAUGGGAGAAAUGGUGUUUCUACAUUAAAUGAUAAGCUUGCAGAAAGGCGCUGUAGAAUCUCUUACAAGGUUGGGAUUCCUCCCGAUUCUAGGGUAAAUCGUAAUGUUAUCAUGGAUAUUCUUAUUAAGGUUGGAUUAAUGGAAUCUCGAAUAAUUGUUUUGCAUGUAAACCCGCCCACACUAGGCUUUGAGGUUUUCACUAUGGCAAACUAUCUUAAAAUGAUGGACAAUGGCUAUGUAUGGAUAGCUACAGAUUGGCUCUCAUCUGUUUUGGAUUCUGAUUCACCACUCCCUUCUGAGACAAUGGAUGCAAUUCAAGGAGUUCUUGUUCUACGCCAACACACUGCAGACUCUGACAGAAAGAAAGCCUUUUUCUCAAGGUGGAACAAGAUCACCAAAGGUUCUCCAGGAUUGAAUUCUUAUGGGCUAUAUGCAUAUGAUUCUGUUUGGCUAGUUGCUUGUGCUGUUGACGCUUUUUUCAAGCAGGGUGGGGUUAUUUCAUUCUCUAAUGAUUCUAACAUACAAUCAUUGGAAGGUAGUAAUCUCCAUCUUGACGCAAUGAGUCGUUUUGAAGAUGGAAAUCUUUUGCUGAAGAACAUAUUGCAGUGUAAUUUUGUUGGUUUGACAGGUCCUAUCAAGUUCAGUUCAGACAGAUCUCUUAUUCUUCCUGCAUAUGAUAUCAUUAACGUGGUAGGCACUGGAUUUCAAUGUAUCGGUUACUGGUCCAAUUAUUCUGGUUUAUCAACCAUACCUCCUGAAACACUUUACACAAGGCCACCAAAUCGUUCAAGUGCAAGCCAACAACUACACAGUGUUAUCUGGCCUGGAGAGACAUCGUCAACACCUCGUGGAUGGGUUUUCCCAAACGAUGGGAGGCAAUUGAGAAUUGGGGUACCUAUGCGGGUCAGUUUUAAGGAAUUUGUAUCCCAAGAGAGAAGGGUUGGUACAUUCAAGGGAUUUUGCAUAGAUGUAUUUACAGCUGCCAUAAAUUUGCUACCAUAUGCUGUUCCUUAUAGAUUUAUACCCUUUGGGGAUGGUAGAAAAAACCCAAGCUACACAGAGCUUGUGAAUAAGAUUACAACUGGUGAAUUUGAUGCUGUCAUUGGUGACAUUGCUAUUGUUGCUAAUCGGACAAAAAUUGUGGAUUUUACCCAACCAUUUGCUUCAUCAGGAUUGGUGGUUGUUGCUCCAUUUAAGAAACGGAACUCAGGUGCUUGGGCUUUUUUGCGGCCAUUUAAUCCUCUCAUGUGGGCUGUCACUGCUUGUUUGUUCCUAGUUGUUGGAAUAGUUGUGUGGAUUUUGGAGCACAGAACAAAUGAUGAUUUCAGGGGGCCUCCUAAACAACAAGUUAUAACCCUUCUAUGGUUUAGCUUCUCAACCAUGUUUUUUACCCAUAGAGAGAACAUUGUGAGUGCCCUUGGGCGAUUGGUGCUGGUUAUAUGGCUCUUUGUGGUUCUGAUAAUCAACUCAAGCUACACUGCAAGUUUGACAUCAAUCCUUACAGUUCAACAGCUAUCUUCUCACAUCAAAGGAAUUGAAACCUUGAGAGAAAAUGAUGAUCGUAUUGGAUAUCAAGUAGGUUCUUUUGCUGAACAUUAUCUAAGCGAGGAGCUUAACAUAUCUAAGUCCAGGCUUGUUCCCCUUGGAUCGCCAGAAGCUUAUGAUAAUGCACUCAAACUUGGACCAGAAAAAGGAGGGGUUGCUGCAUUGGUUGAUGAGCUUCCGUAUGUGGAACUUUUCCUCUCAAGCCACUGCACAUAUAGGAUUAUAGGUCAAGAGUUCACCAAAAGCGGAUGGGGUUUUGCUUUUCCUCGGGACUCUCCCUUAGCGGUUGAUAUGUCGACUGCAAUAUUAGCACUCGCUGAGAAUGGUGAUCUACAGCGCAUACAUGACAAGUGGUUGAUGAAAAGCUCUUGCACUUCGGAGAGCACUGAACUUGAAUCAAAUCGACUUCAUCUAAGCAGUUUCUGGGGCCUCUUUUUGAUCAUUGGCAUUGCUUGCUUCAUUGCUCUCAUAGUUUACUUUGUGCAAAUACUAUGCCAGAUGCGUAGAGUUCUCCCACCAGAAUCUGAUUCACCUGGGCAGCGUAGCUUGCGUUCCAGGCCUAUUGGGAGAUUUCUAUCCUUGAUGGAUGAGAAGCAAGAGUCAUCAAGGAGUAGGGGUAAGAAACAAAAAGUUGAAAGAUCAUCAUCUGAUGACAGUGAGUUGGGGAAGAAGCCCAGAAAUAUAUAAACAGAAACAAUCAUCUGAAGCAACAUUUGGUUAAGCUAUUAACUCAAAAUUCCUAAUUGUAUCAUCACAUUGAACUCGCAUAUAUUCUAAACGUUGAAACUGUUCAUGUCUUAGCUCAUUAUUUUAAGCAUAAAAUCAAAAUAUGAGA